UGUACACUCUAGUAGGUUGGCAUUCCCUCAAUAUCGAAACUGUAAGUAGUGAGAUCUGUAUAGUUGUCCUUUGGUCUAUAGUCCUCUUUAGGGUUGUAGAUUGUCAUCUUUAUGUUUGUAUUUUGGUGACUAGUUUCCUCCAGAGAGACGUGGCCUGUGGUCAUGUGUAGAGCACUUAAGCCUGAUGGAGCUCUUCAGGAGAUUCAGAGCUCCAUGGAGACUGAACUAUUUUCAGGGCAGGUUGGCACUAUUUUCAAAUGGAGAAGGAAGGGUUUAUGUCAGAUUAGGUAUUUGGUUUUCCCUGGUUAAUGUAGCAAAUGAAAACCUCAUGCCGUUAUGUAGCAGGAGAUCGAGAGCACCUGCUCUGCAGGGAACUAAAGCUGUUCAGUUGAUUUCCUGUUCCUCAAAUCCGUAUUUCACUAUCUCCUCUAAAAUCCUACAGGUGCUCCAAGCGCGAGCAGAAACUUUGAUGAAACUCUUUUUCAUUUCCACAUUCCCUCUCAUUUCCUGUUUGUCUAUCUGUUGACCUUCAACUCACAUUUCCCUGUCCGUAUGCUGCUGUUUCUGCGUGCUGGUGCCCCACCCCACCCGGCCCUGCCCCGCCCCACCCUCUUUCUCCUCUUGGCAGAAAGAACGGGGAGGCGCAAGUUCAUAAAGGUGAGGAAGCCCAAGGAGGGGGCAUUUCCAAGCGACCCCGUGGGGCAGGAGGAUAGCAGCAGGCCCGGAGGCAGCCCACCCCAGGCCCCUGUCGAGCCAACUCCCAAACCACGCAGUAGAGCUCUGGACAAGUUCAGCCAGCUGGAAAAUCUCCACAAGGCCAAACGGGCCUCCGAUGAUGCGCCGGGGCAGAGAAGACAGGAAGACGCUGACAAACAGGCUGCACACGAUGCCCUUAGGCAAGGGAGUCCUGAGCAAGAAGAGCCUUGCGGUGUACGUGGACAGAUCAGUCCAAAACAAGAAGACUCUCAUGAUGCAUCUGGGCAGCUGAGUCCAGAUCAGGAUUCCCAUAAUACACCGGAGAAGACCAGCAUUAGUGAUUCACAGGGAAACGGGGAUGGGCUGCUGGCUUCUGGGAAGACUUUCCGGAAAUCUCUGAGAAAAUCUCAACCCAUUCAGGAGGAGGAUGAGGAGCAGCUACCAGCCAUGCACCAGAGAGAGGAAGAACUGGAAGAGGGAGCAGCAGAGCAAGUCCUCUUCAGCAGGGACAGUCUAGAGCCAGAGGAGUCCAUUAUGGCAUCGGGGCCGGGAGUGGACGGCUUUGGAAAGGGUCUGGACACUCUGGACGAGGAGGAGGAGAAGGCCCGGUUCUUCUCUGCCCUGGAGAGAGGAGCCUCCUCCACCAUCGACUACUCCAGACUGAACAGGGAGCUGGACUCUGCGCUGUCUACUCCCGCUCACACCUUGAGGAAGGCAGACGAUGUCAGGAGUGAAGAGGAGCAUAGAGCAGAAAGGGUGCGGGACUCCAGAAGCUCUCCAGCUUCUCCGAAUUACAGCGAGGAUUUUGAGGAUGAAGUGAGCCCGAAAGAGGCCCAGGAUGAGGAACACAAUAUACCUUCCAUGCUAGCUAAAGUGUCCCUCCAUGAUUCCCUGGACUCGAUGGGCGGAGCUCAGCAGCCGGAGGCGAAUGAGGAGGCAGGGAGGGAGGACUGGGCGGGGCCUGUGGAGACUGAGGCAGCAGGAGCAGCUCAGUCGUAUGGGCAGAGCGGUGUCAGUGAGAUGGAAGCCCUGCAGGAGGCCUACCGUGAGAUCAGCGGCUCCGUGGACGAGGUGGAGGGGCACGGGCGGGGCCUAUCGCCGGCCGGGAGCGCGAGGAUCCCAAACCGGCGCACCCCGUCCCCGGAGCACCCGCCAGGGAUGGCAAAAAACACCAUGACAACGGGGUCAGAUCUGCCUACAGCCGAGGAGCUGAUGCAGAGAAUGGGGCUGGAGUCAGACAGCACACGCGGUUUCUCUCUCCAGCCUGUGAGUUAUCAUGCAGGGUCUCAGAAGGACAGCCAAACCUCCGUUGGGGAGACACGCGGCUCCGCACCCACAGACGCCCCGGACGAGGGGCACAGGAGGGUCCAGGAGGAGGCGGAGCGCCUGAUGCAGUAUGAGGAGGACUCCCCGCGCGCCUCCUCUCCUCCUCCCAGUAAAGACAGAAAGCAGAAGUCUGCUGUGUGGUCUCCGGUUUCCUCCCCCUCCUCCUGGAGGAAGAGUGCAAAGAACAAGAGAGCAUCAGACAGGCCGUCUCCCACGGCAACAAAGACCUCCGGGCCCAGCAGAACUGGUCCGACCGCAAAGCCCUUCCCUCUCCCUCAGAGGAAGCCUCUGACCCAGGGUCCAAAGAAGAGUCUGAAACCAGGGCCUCUGAAGCAGGACGGAGCAGGUGCCCAGUCUAAUGCUGGGAUGAAGGUAAGCAGUGAGCUCAUCGCGUCCGUGCAGUCUUUCGCCGACUACCUCCAGCAUCAGAUGGAAAGGAGCGGUUGCCAGGACAACGGCGAGCUUCGACGUCACUCGGAGAGAAAGAAGGAUGAGGCGGGGGGGGUCAGGACCCCGGGCAGCCCCCAGCGGGAGAGCGAGGUCGCUCCGACACGGCGCAGCGAGGACGUGCAGGAGUGCCGGAGCUCGGAGCGCCACCCGGUGGCCCUGAUGGAACUGCAGCUGGAGCGCAAGGAGGCGGAGCUUCGUGCCCGUGAGGAAGAACUUCAGCUGGCGCACGGCAAAGAGGUCAUCGCCCUCAAGCAGGAGAACUACAUCCUGCAGAGCAAGCUGCGGAGCAUGGAGGAGGCCAGCAGGAAGAGGAAGUGGAGUUUUGGUGAGGCUUCGGACCCCGUCACUGAGGAGAAACUCAAACUGAUCGAGAAGGAGGUGAAAGAGCAAGAGACCCUGAUCCAGGGCUACCACCAGGAGAAUGAGAAGCUGUACCAGCAGGUGAAGGCCCUGCAGGCCCAGAGCAAGCAGAGCGAGGAGGCCAUGUUCCAGGAGAACCAGAGGCUGCUGUCCGAGCUGGCUGCCGCUAAGGAACAGAUCAACAGGAAGAGUGUGCAGAGGAUUGUGGGAAGGGACAGUGAGAUGGAUCCUAGCCACAACCUGACAGACCUGCUGGCUCAGCUGCAGGCUGCACAGAAGGCAGAGGCCAGGCUGAUGGAGGAGACUCGACGGCUGAGGCAGGAGAAGCAGGGCCUGGAGGUGGACCUGGAGAUGAUAAAGAAGGAGAGAGACCAGGCCAGAGCGCAGGUCACCUACACCUCAGGUGACUUGAACUUUGAGAUGCGGGUGCAGCUGGAGGAGCACAAGUCAGAGGUGUCUGCGCUCAAGAAGAGGCUGCAGUGGUACGCCGAGAACCAGGAACUUCUGGACAAGGACGCAGCCAGACUUAGAGCAGCCACUGCCGAGACCCAGAAACUGAAGGAGCAGGUGGAGAGGCUGAAGAUGGAGGUGGGGAGGAGAGAUGGAAUGCAGCAAAAGAAGAAUGAGAGGAUGGGUGAUGCCAAGAGGAUACAGGACCUGGAAAGACAGGUGAAAGAGAUGGAGAAGAUUCUGAUGCGUAGGAAUCCUAACUCCCUCCCGGCGCUCAUUUUUGCCGCGGCCUCGGCGGGUGGGGGAGGGGCCCCAGAGUCCCCGCAGACCGUGGCCCUGCUGGAGCGGCGCAUUCGCAGGCUGGAGGCCGAGCUGGAGGGCCGGGACGAGGAGGCCAAACGCAGCCUGAGAGCCAUGGAGCAGCAGUUCCAAAGGAUCAAGAUGCAGUAUGAGGAGCGCAUCUCAGAGCUGGAGCAGCAGUUGGCGCAGAGCUCUCCGGUGCUCCAGGGCGACGGGUCCAGCUCUCCUCAGGGCAGCCAGUCGAAGGCGCAGCUGCUGCAGGCGGAGCUGGAGAGCGAGCGGGAGGCCGGCCAGGCGCGUGAGCGCUCCUUGCAGGCCGAGCUAGCGGCGCUGCGGGAGCGGCUGUCCCAGGCCGGGCUGGGAGACGGCUCAUCUCACAGCCCUGCCCGGCUGGACCGGCAGGCGGAGGCGGCGCAGAGCGCCCGGGUCCAGCAGCUCACCAAGGAGCUGGCCAGCAAGAGCCGGAGCGUCCAGGAGCUGAGCCGCACCGUGGAGCGGCUGCAGAGGGAGCGCCGCACGCUGCUGUCAGCCCCGGCCCCGGCCCCCGCGGGGCGGCCCGGGGAGGGGAGGCGCCCCGGCGCGCAGGGGAGGGGCAGAGGGGCCGGAGCUGGGGCCGAGGCGCAGACCUUCCCCCCCACGCUGGACGAGAAGGACUACCAGCCCACAGCCUUCUCCGGCUCGCACAUCUCAGAGGUGCUGCAGGAGAGCCAGAGGCUGCGGGCCCGGCUGGAGCAGCAGGAGCUGGAGGCCGAGCAGGAGAGGGUCUCACUGAGGGCCACUGCCGCACACGCUGAGGCAGAGCUGCGCAGGACGCGAGAACGUGCUGAGGAGCAGCUGCUUGCGCUCCGGUCUCAGCACCAGAAGGAGCUGGAGGGCCUGCUGGCUCGCCACGCCCUGGAACACUCCGCCUCCAAAGUGGCUGAACUGGCCAAUCAGAUGUCCACGCAAGAGAUCAUGAUCAGGCACCUGCGGGAUCAGCUGAAGGAUCUGCAGGGCUGCAGGGAGGCUCUGACACUGUCUCAGGUGCGAGAGGAAACCCUGCAGACCCAGAUGGCCAAGCUUCUGGAGGACCUCAGGGAAGCGAAGGAGGCUCACACCCCAGAGUUGCGUCACUUCAGCGCCCUGGAGAGAAAGAUCGAGAGCAUGGAGCUCAGAUACACACAGAGGGAGAGAGAGCUGCAGCAGGUGAUCGCCCAGACGCGGCUGGUGGUGGAGGCGGAGCAGCAGAAGGAGGUGGAGCGCUGGAGGAAGCAGGCGCAAGCCAAGGGCCAGGAGCUGGAGGCCUUCCGGGUGGAGCUGGACUCCAUCCUGGACGUUCUGAGAGAGCUGCAGAGGCAGGGCGUGGUCAUCCCCGUCCCGGAAGCUUCUAGAGCCGAACCGUUCGGCUGGGGAAGCUGACCCACCGGGGUUUGAGGCAGAACCUGCAGACUGCACACGCUGACCGGUCCAGUGGCCCGGUUUCCCUCCAGUGUCGAUUCACUGCAGGACCGCACCACAACAGCUGCAGAUUGGCGUUAUUGCUAUUGAUCGCAUUCAGGUCCUCCUGCUACCGGUCUUUGAAUUGCGUAUGCUGCAGGCGCAGAAGGACCUGUGUGGUACUUUACUUCCUCAAUCUGCUGGCCAUUUAACCUGAUGCAGAAAGAAACUGAAGGGGAAUGCUUUGUGAAGAGCUCAGGAGAAUAAUGUGCAGGAACAGUGGUGCACACACCAUCAGUUGCUGAAAUAAUGUUGCACUUACCAGCAACUGGAGAAAUGCUGUUGCUUGUUUCAGCAGCUAUGAGAAAAAGUGUCGUUACUAUUAUUGCCUACAGUAUAUGAUCAGUAACAAGAAAAGUGAACAGGAUUCUGUGCUGCAGAUUGUGCUCUUAUUCUCCGCGCUGUGUCUGGUAUGAGUGACAGUAGAACAGGGGAUCAGGAGGGUUGAAGGGUCAUUGGAUCUGCACAUGCUGUGCUCCGAGGUUUCCCCUGUUCUCCAGUAGGGUUAACAUUUUUGGUUGCACUUAGGUUCCUGAUUGGAGGUUCUUUUGUGGUCAUGUCGGGUUUGCGAUGUGUAAAUCAACCCAUGUUUUAGGGCAAGACCACAAAAAAUGGCAUUUUCUCCUUAGGUAAUUUAUUUAUUGUUUAAUACAUUUGCAAAUAUUUUAUUCUAGCUAUUUUCGGAUAAUGCGUGAUAUAUUUCAUUGUUAUUCAGUUGCUGACAUGUUUUAUGAUCCUGUGUGUGUAGUUUUGUAAUUAAUUUAAAACAAAAGUAAAAGUUCGUUUUUCU